CUCGCUCGCCGCCCUUCACUUCCCUCUGCCUUAGUUUUCUUGCGACAGAUACUCUUGCCCGUAGUUUUUGCUCUCUUAAAAACCGACGCAUUCUCUCUUUCUGUCGCCGGCGACUAAAACAGACUACUCUGUGUUUCGGUUUUGGAAUGGCGAUCGAAAAUCAAGAAACCACUGUCCGGGAAAUCAAGCCGAAGAACAGGAGAAUCAUGGGAGCUGGUGGUCCUGAGGACGAGGACAAUCGGUGGCCGCCAUGGUUGAAGCCCCUGCUGAGAGAGCAUUUCUUUGUCCAAUGCAAGCUACAUGCCGAUUCUCACAAGAGCGAAUGCAAUAUGUACUGUUUGGAUUGUAUGGAUGGAGCUCUCUGUUCUCUCUGCCUCGCUCAUCACAAGGAUCAUCGCGCUAUUCAGAUAAGGAGGUCUUCAUACCAUGAUGUGAUCAGGGUAUCUGAAAUCCAGAAGGUGCUGGAUAUAUCUGGUGUCCAGACAUAUGUCAUUAACAGCGCCAAGGUGGUCUUCUUGAAUGAGAGACCGCAGCCUAGGCCUGGGAAAGGUGUCACAAAUACCUGUGAGGUCUGUGACCGCAGCCUUGUGGAUUCCUUCCGCUUCUGCUCUCUUGGAUGCAAGAUUGCUGGGACAUCAAAGGGUUUCCAAAAGAAGAAGCACCGGCUCGCCAUGGCAUCAGAUUCUGAGGAUUCAUACAGCAGCAGCAUCCAUGGCAAGGUGAAAAACAACAACAAAGAAAACAACAACAGCAACAAAAUGCAGAGCUUCAGUCCCUCAACACCCCCUCCAACCCCAGCAAAUUACCGAAGUGCCAAGCGUAGAAAGGGAAUUCCCCACAGAGCCCCCAUGGGAGGACUAAUCAUAGAAUAUUAGUGAGCAAAUAGUGUCUUUUAUGUUUUAUCAUAGAAUAUACACAAAGUAGCUGUCGCAACAAUGCCUCCUUUCCUUGACCCAGAAAAGAAGGGUUGGCUGUGUUACAUCCUCCAAGUUUUUAGUAUUGUAAAUAUAGAUGAAAAAUAAAAAAAUGGAAAAGUGGGGAAUAGUCCAAAAGGUAAAGGCCUUGAUGGCAAUAAGGUGUUAGUUCUAAAAUAUAUAGGAGCGUUGUUCUAGUUUUGUAACGGUGUACUAAGUUUUGCAAAGAUGUAAAUAGUGUUUGAAUGGUUAAGAGGAAGUAGUGGAAUGAAUGUUUAUGAAUAUGGAAUGAAAAUAAAGGGUGUUU